AUGGUGAUGGUGGAGUCCGGGGGGCUGACAGCUUCCACUCAGUGGGACCUCCAUGGCUCUCAGAAAGGCCCUUUGGUCCCUGCUCAUCUCCAUGUUUCUGCCCUUUGUGUCUCUUCGCAGCGUUUCUGCAUUUCACAGAAGGCGAAUCUGGCCUCCAUUCAGUCCAACGAUGAGUUCACCUUCCUGAAGAACCUGAUCAUCCAGAAGGGAGGACGCAGCAGGAGGACCUGGAUCGGAGGCCAUGACGCUGAUAACGUGUGGAUGUGGAGCGACGGCUCACCAUUUACUUUCAACUCCUGGGGUCGCGGGGAACCCAACAACUAUCGAGGCCAAAAAGAGCCCUGCAUGGAGAUCAUGAAUGCAGGCGAGAUGCCCCAAAAGGACAAGUGA